AUUCUUCAUACAGUCUCAAAAGGGUGACGGAAAAGACUGUGAAAAGCUGUUGGCUGAUCGUAGCGGAGAGACAUAUUCAAAUGUUGUCGCCCCCGGAAUCCACUUAUAUCCAUUCACUUUUCAGAUUCCGCAACGGCAUCCAUGGUAAAAUCGCCUACACGCUGGAGGCAAAGCUGAGCAGGUCAAUGCGGAUGGCAAAGACAGCAGUGGCUGAAUUCACAUUUAUUACAAAGAAUAACAUGGUCGAUGACACGCUGUUGUCAUCCCAGUCUGGUUCUGUGCAGAAGAAGAUGAAACUUUUCACCUCUGGAAAAGUUUCCAUGAAUGCUAACAUGGAAAGGAUGGGUUACAUGCAAGGUGAAAGGAUGAGGAUUACAGCAGAUAUUGAGAACAAGUCUUCACGUGCACUUGUGCCAAAGUUCUCCCUAGAUCAAACUCAGACAUUCAUUGCGCAAUCCUCGAAAAAUAGUGGAACAAAGCGAAUUUUCAAAGAGGUCGGAGAGACCAUUCCCUCUUCUACGCAACAGACCAUAACCAAAGAGUUGUGCAUCCCUCCAGACCUGCAACCUUCUAUCCUGAACUGUUCUAUAAUGAAAGUGGAAUACAUUUUAAAGGUAUAUCUGGAUGUUCCCUAUGCCAGGGAUCCAGAGAUCAUUCUUCCAUUGGUUAUUUUUCCUGUCAGUGGUGGAUUUGCUCAGAUGAUGCAGUCAUGCUCAUCAAUGGGUUUACAGUCAUUUGGGAACAUUAAUCAAGCUGGAUGGAAUAUCUAUCCACCCCAAAUUGCCCCUGGGCCGUAUGCACCCCCACCUGCCCCUGGGGCAUAUGCACCCCCAUCUGCCCCUGGGGCAUAUGCACCCCCAGCUGUCACUGGGGCAUAUGCACCCCAAACUACCCCUGGGCCAUUUGCACCCCAACCAGUCCCUGAAUUAUAUCCAUCUUUGCCUGACCAAGGCCUUGUUUAAAAAGCAAGUUAAAUGUUGCAGUAUGCAUGCAUGGGAAUAGAGCGGCCAUAGGACCUGUACUCUCCAGCACUGUGUGCUGGAUUAAUGCAUGGUCUGGUAUGGUCUGUGUUCUGUAGGAUUAACACACUUUUUACUCUUCCUUUGUGAAUUGCUCUGGGUAAAAGAAUCUGCUAAAGUAACAAAAUGUAAAUUGUUAAAGUGGGCUACAUCCACUUGCAGAUCCCUUUGUUUGCCUCUGUUUGUGCACACCACCCCCACCUCUCACAGACUCUCUGUUUACAAACCAACCGAAACCUGCCAAAACCUGUGCUGCUGCUCCCCUCAUCAGCAGCAUCUCCACAGGUAACCUGAGGCACAGGCACACCCCCACGGACAGCCCCCAGGUCCCCAUUUGCCCUCUGAACUCUCUGAAUCAAUUGGACACCAAUAGGAACCCCAGCAGGGCCAAGGAGUUUGGACAAUAUAAAAGUUGUGGUCACCUCCCCCACUUCUGUGCUGCACCAGUUCCUGCGGGGUGAAGAACUGGGGACAGCAACUCUUGGGGACCGGUUGCUGUGUUGCGUCGUGUGUUGUAUGCAUCUUUGCCUAUGAAACCACACACACUCCCAAACACACAUACCCCCGUCACUUCAAUAAAGCGUUGAACUGGAAACCUUAAUCCUGUGUUCUGACCGACACACAACUGCAACACCAAUAUUCUCCUGAACCUAGUGCAUGAGUGAAAUUGCCCCCUCAGUUUCAUAAAUGUUCCCACCAUAUCUAGAUCAUAUCUUGGCUAUGUUGUUGCCUGCACUUCUGCAUUGAUGCCAGACAAAUCAGUUUUCUGGUUUUGUUUGCUGUGCUGUGUCUAUCUAUCUGUGUGUGUGUGCAUACAUAUAUAUAAGAGAAUGAUAUUGCUGGAAAUGUUAUU